AUGCUCUUCAGCUUCUCCUGUUUCUGUAUCUACAGGAUGACUCAGACCAGUAAUCAAUUAAUUAAUUGUAGAAACCAUAUUUUGGAGUUUAAGGAAAAUUUUCUACGUUUAAAAAACAAAACUGAAAGAAAUCGCCAAGAGCUGAUGGAAGCCUUGAGUAAAAUGAAGUAUGACAAUAGACAGAGUGCAGGUGUACCCGUAAAGUUAGGUGAGAAGGAAGUGAAUACAUUGGAUAAGAAUGAAACAGUGUCUAAUACAUUUGAAGUCUUAAAGUUCUUUCUCCCUCAUCUGAGGAAAGUAGGCAGAAUUUAUCCUGAUGUAAUCAUCAGCAAAAAGAAAGAAGGCGUGUCUUUUGCACUGGGCAUUUCCACUGUUAAGAGACGAAAUUAUAGUUACCUGAAGCAAACGCUGACCUCGCUUGUUUCCAGGAUGACACUUUUGGAGGAGAAGGACUCUGUAGUGAUCGUCUCUAUUGCAGAUAGUAAUGAAGAGUAUUCAAAAUCUGUUGUUGACAUGAUUACAAAAAAAUUCAAAAGGCAAGUGAAGUCUGGAUCCUUAGAGGUGAUUUCAAUACCUGCCUUUUUUUAUCCAGACACGUUACAUGCCAUGCAAUCAGCUGAGGACUCACAAAACCUAGAGAGUUGGCGAAUCAAACAAGUUUUGGAUUUUUGUUUUUUGAUGCUGUAUGCCCAACCCAAGGCCAUGUAUUAUCUACAGCUAGAAGAUGACAUCAUAGCUAAAAAGAUGUACUUUACAAAAAUCAUAGAUUUCGUACAUAGUAUCACUUCAAAUAAUUGGUUUUAUAUUGAGUUUUCAGUUCUUGGAUUUAUAGGAAAGCUGUUUAAAUCUGAGGACUUAACUGACUUCAUACAGUUUUUUUUAAUGUUCUACAAAGAUAAACCCAUAGACUGGCUGUUGGCGGACAUUUUUCAGGUGAAGAUGUGUACCCCAGGAGAAACUCCUGAGAAAUGUGUAGAACGAAAUAAGCAAAUUCGUAUUCGAUAUAAACCUUCCCUUUUCCAGCAUGUGGGCAUACAGUCAUCACGACUUGGAACUGAACAAUAUUUAAAAGAUAUCUACUAUUAGGAGUUACAUAAUUCUAACACCUUUUAUAAUGAUCAGAAUUCUUUGGAAAAAAAUGGCGUAACAAGGAUUAGACUAUUUCCCAACCUACUUCAUAGUGGAUAAGCGACUAUGUCAUAUUUUUAAAAAGUUAAACCUUCAAUUAUAAACUGGAAAUACGAAGCUAACCAUAACAAGAAGAAACUCUGUAAUACCUUGGGACCUCAGAAACUGUGCUUUCUAAAUGGCAUCUUUCAGACAUUGUAAUAAUGAAAGUAUAUAAUUAUGUAGAAAAGGAGAAAACAGUGAGCAAACUAGUGGACUUGAAAGCAUUAAACUCUUAUGUCAAGAAAAAUUAGAACAUUUAUUUAUGAUGUUUAUACUUUUACAAUUUAAUAUUAAAAUAGUAAAGGCAGGGAAGCUUUUAAAAAUUGAGAAAUGUAUUUUGUUGACUUAGAUAGUGAUGCUAUUACAUAAUCUCAAUAAAUAGCUAAAAGCUCAGAAACUUGACACUGUCAUGGACAGGUUCAGUAUGAAUUGGUGUAUGUUCUAAUACAUUUUGUGAAGACAUCUAAAGAAACAGAAAGCAAAAGUUGAAGCAAGCCAGGGUCUGACAGUGCCAUAAUAUCUUCUUGUUUUUUAAAUAAUGUAUUUAAAAUGAUAAACUUACGCCUAAAUGCCGUUUGAUCUGAUUACCAAACAUCUUGAUAUUAUAUAUUCUAAUAGUCAUUCAGUUCUAAAGAUUUCAUACUUUCUCUUAUUAUUACCUUUUUAACUCAUUGGUUAUUUGGGAAUGUGCAUGGGUUUUAAAAAGUAUAUAUUGGUUUGCCAUAUUUUAUUGUUGAUUGCUUAUUUAAUUACAUUGUUAGAGAACCAUAUGUAAUAAAAUUUGUGAACUGUCAUGAAUUCUUAUGUUUCAUACAAAUUUGAAAAGAAUGUAUAGUCUCUAUGCAUUUUAAAAUAUGUUGCACUAAUUUGUUUUUAUAAAUGUAUUAUGCUUUUAAAAUGUAUUCUUAAAAUAUUCCUAUUUAUUGGGUACAGGGCUCCCUUAUGUCAGCCUUUUAAAUUUACUUGUUCAAGUCUUUUAAGCCCUUACUAAUUUUUGUCUGCCUGGUCCAUCAAUUUCUUACAGGAGUCCAUUAAGAUCUACUAUUCUCCUUGUUAUUCUAUUGAGUUUUAGUUUAUUUAUUUUGAUAAAUAAUGAGAUAUUUCCUCCUUUUUAUCCUUUGUCAAGUAUGAAAAUCUGAAUUCAUACUGCUGUUUUAUCCUUGCGUGCCAAAAAUGCACAUUUAUCUCAGUAUGAAGUGUAUUACAUACCAAUGUAUAAAGAGAAUAUGCAAGA